CCUUAAAAAAUAUCCCACGGUACGCGUUAACAACAAUCUAAUCUAUCCUUCCUCGCCCACCCCGCCGACUCGCCGGUUUUCUUGCGCAAGAAAGGAAAGGGAAGAAAACACCCUUUGUACUCUACUCGCCCCCCCUCUUUGCAUUUGCUGUCAAUCCAAAGAAAAAUCAAGAAGAAGAAAUGGGUGUUGAUUACUAUAACAUACUGAAACUGAACCGGAACGCGACUGAAGAGGACAUGAAAAAGGCAUACAAGAGACUGGCAAUGAAAUGGCAUCCAGACAAGAACCCUGUAAACAAGAAAGAAGCAGAAGCCAAGUUCAAGCUUAUCUCCGAAGCCUACGAUGUCUUAUCAGACCCUAACAAGCGUCAGAUCUAUGAUCUCUACGGUGAAGAAGGGCUGAAGUCUUUUGAUCAAAUCCCACCUCCAACUACCAAUGUGGGUGCUUCUUUCAGGUUCAAUCCUCGUGACGCGGAGGAUAUUUUCGCUGAAUUCUUUGGAGGAGGUGGCGGAUCCGGUGGUGUUGGAAAGGGGUAUUUUCGCAAUAAUAAUGGUAAUAAUUACGGGGCUGAGCUUAACAGGAAAGCAGCGCCUGUUGAAAGCAAGUUGCUUUGCACGUUGGAAGAGCUUUAUAAAGGAACUCGAAGAAAGAUGAGGAUUUCUCGUUCUGUUCCUGAUGAUUUCGGCAAGCCGAAAACCGUCGAGGAAAUCUUAAAGAUAGACAUCAAGCCUGGCUGGAAGAAGGGCACAAAAAUCACUUUUCCUGAGAAAGGCAAUCAAGAACCUGGAAUCACUCCAGCUGAUCUAAUUUUCGUGGUGGAUGAGAAGCCCCAUUCUGUUUUCAAGAGGGAUGGAAAUGAUCUGGUGAUCAACCAGAAGAUCUCGUUAUUGGAAGCUCUCACAGGGAAAACCAUCGAAUUGACAACCUUGGAUGGAAGAUAUCUCCCAGUCCCAGUAACAGAUAUUGUCAAACCAGGUCAGGAGUUGCUAGUCUCAAAUGAAGGAAUGCCCAUCUCAAAAGAGCCCACCAAGAGAGGAAACCUUAGAAUCAAGUUUGAUGUCACAUUUCCAACAAGACUUACAGUGGAACAGAAAUCUGACCUCAAGAAGGCCCUAGGUGCACCUGAUAAUUAAUUCAGAGCUCAAGGCUUGGGUUGUCAAUUAUCCAUUUAACAUAUUUAAGUUAAUUCCAUUAACACUGAUCAUCAAUUUAUGUUAAUUGAAUGUAAAUACGCUAUGUUUUCCACUGUCCUAGUGUAAGAUUGUGCAUAGUAGGAAAGAAAGCUUGAAGGCGUUUUGCGAAUUUGCGCGUUAUUGGUACGGAUGAACCUGUAAUCGUUAACUAUUGGCCAAGCUUCCAAGAGAUGACUGUGGCCUUCUGAUCUAAAUUUGUGUACUAUUGAUCUAAUUUCAGUUUUUAUCA